GAACAUCAUCAUGAAGGUCCUUGCAGUGUUUGUUAUUGCAGUUUUCUCUGGUUGUCAUGCCAAUAUAAUGUGGCAGAACCAGCCAACAACCAGUAUGGAGCUGGUGAAAAAUACAUUCUGGAAUUACGUGUCUCAGGCAACCCUCACAGCUGAGGACACACUUCAGAUGAUCCGAAACUCAGAACUGGGUCAAGAAAUCAAUGACAGGAUCUCUCAAAGUGCAGAUGCCAUCAACAAAUACACCCUGGUCAUUCAAAGUCAAAUAACUCCUCUGACUCAAGACCUGCUGGCCAAACUGUCCCAAGAGGCGGAUCAGUUGAAACUGCGCCUGGAACAGGAAAUGACAUCUGUGCAGUCCCAGCUCAAGCCUUAUGUUGAGGAGAUCAGAGGUGAGAUUGAGGAGCAGCUUGAGUGGCUGAAGAAGGACGUGGCCCCGUACGCAGAGGCCCUGAACUCUGAGGCCCUGAGAUCUACUUUGGUUCAGGGGGCUGAGGAGCUGAAGGCCAAACUGGAGAGAAGUUUGAUGGAGAUGGGUCCUCAAACUGAGGAGCUGAAGCAGAAACUGAACCAGCACUUUUUAGAGUUUCAGAUGAGCAUGUCUCCAUUAGCCCAAACCUUUCAAAGUCAGCUGGCCCAGAGAAGUCAAGAGCUUCAGAAGAAUCUGGCUCCCUAUUCAGAGGAGCUGAGCAAACUGGAUCCAUACGCCCAGGACCUGAAGGCCCAGUUAACAGCUCUUUGGGAGUCCUUUGCCAAAAACAAACAGUCUUAACAGACUGUAGAGACUUUUUGGAAAUUCAAAAGGACACUUCUGUUACCACUGGGGGUUUCACCUAAUAUAUUUCUUUGUUGCUCAUGUGUGUUUUUCUGAAAAUUGCUAAAUAAAAUACUAUGUUUGAUGUCUACAA